GAGAGAAAAAGGGUGCAAUUGAGAAAAGAGGAAGGGACAUAACGAGAGAGAGAGAGACACACACACAGAGAGCGAGUGAGAGAGAGAGAGAGAGAGAGAGCGUGAGCGUGAGCGAGAGAGAGAAAGAGAACGAGAGAGCGAGAGAGAGAGGGGGGGGGGGGAGGAAAAAGGAAAUAACGCCGAUAAAGUGUAUAAAAUCUCGUACGUAGUGUUGCGUUCGUAAAGAGAAGAACUUGUUAAUACGGAGAAAAGGACGCGAACGAAAAGGAAGAAGAAAAAGAUACGGAAUGAUGAUCGGUGACGGCGAUUUGUAAACGAUGUAAGAACUUAAAUGAAUCUUUUAGUGUUAAACGAUAAUCUCUCUGAUAGAUAGAUAGAUAGAUAGAUAGAUAAAGAGAGAUAGAGAGAGAGAGGGAAAGAGAGAGAGAAAAGAUUCCGCGUAAACGGAAACGCAUCGAACGUUUUCAUAUUCCGAGCGGUGCUUCGGUUCGACGACGACGACGAUCUAGAUUACGACGACGACGACGACAACGACGACAACGACGACAACGACGACGACGACGACGAUAACGACGAUAACGACACAACAACGACAAAAAUACUUAUAUCCAUUUAUAUAGGUAGAUACGUACGUAUAUACCUACGUACGUAUGUAUUUAUGUAUGUACAACGAUCGACGAAGAGGUGGACGAUGAUGCUGUCGGAGAAAUGUUCUACGGCUGUUGCGUAUCGAUCGGUAUCGUCCCUUCGAAACGACGACGAUCAACUCCGUCGUCCCUUCUUAUUCGUCUAAACGAGAACGAGAACGAAAACGUCGUGUUUUUUUUAAACGACGAUACACUCUACAAAGUAAAAAAAGAAAAAGAAAAGAUAAAAAAGAAAAAAAACUGGAAUUGACCGAGUGAAUGAAGAAAGAACGAGAGAGAGAGAGAGAGAGAGAGAGAGUGUGUGUGUGUGUGUGGUGUGUCAGAGAAAGAAAGAGAGGGAUCAGAACCCGUAUGGUAUUACUAUAUAAACAUAACAUUUGUGUGUCUCUCGUUCUUCUUCUAUCGUCUCUCGUGUCGCUUUCUAACUUAGUCAGCGAAUUAGAUGGAGAUCGAAAAAAGGAUCAACCAAGUGAAAACGAUUAAAUUGUUGAAAUAUAAUGCGGUGUGCGUUGAAGGACGUGUUUUAAAGAUUUAACAAAAAAAAAAGAAAAAAGAAAAAAAAUAGGAAGAAAAAAGAAAAAGAAAGAAAGAAAGAAAGAAAGGAAGGAAGGAAGGAAGGAAGGAAGGAAGGAAGAACAACGAAGGAUAAAAGAAAAGAAAAGGGAAGAAAAUUUAAUAUCUAAAGUGUUAAAUAGAGAAAGUGGAACGGGACAAAAGUGAGGAGACAAAAGAGGAUUCGGCAUGUUCUUUGCCGGUGUCAAAAGUUGGCUCGAAACAUUGGGCGGGGUGGUGGUGGAGGAGGAAAAGGAGGAAGAGAAAAAAAAGGAAGAAGAGGUGGUGAAAGAAGAGGAGAAGGAGAAGGAGGAGGAGGAGGAGGAGGAGGAGAAGGUGGUGGAGAAGGAGGAAAGAGCGAGGGAAGAGGUGAAUGUGAAGGUGGUUAAAAAGAUUGUGCUAGUGUUGAACGAGGAGUUGGAGGUGGUGCUGAAGGAGAAAAAGAAGGAAGAGGAAGAGGAGGAGGAGGAGGAGGAGGUGGAGGAGGAGGAGGAGGAGGUAUGGAAGCUGAAACCGGUCGAGCGUCAUCUCAUCACCAGGGGCUGCAGCUCACCCUGCCAUCCCCGGGAAUCUCCGGAUUGGACGUCGUGAGAGCUCUGCACCAGACGGUUAUAUCACUGCGAUCAGCGUUGGAUUCAUCGCGAGAAGAACUUCGUCGAUUGAAGGAAAGUGUCGGUGAAUUUUCCGAAGGGAAAUACGUCGAGGUUGUUGAAAGAUUGGCCCUGGAGAAUCACGUCUUAAGGCGUAGGAUCCUUAGCCGUAGUACCGACUUUUCCAAUGAUGCUGCUACGAGUCCGCAACCGACGUCGCCGUCUUCGCCGCCGCUGCUGCUGUCGCACCAGUCUCGUUUCGUUCCACUUCAAGUAGAAGGAGACCCUACCAAGCCAUCAUCAUCGUCAGUGAACACGGCUAGCGCCACGAUGGAAGCGUCAGGGAAUAAAGUUGUCGUCGAGGAGACGGCAGAGACGAUCAGAACAAGUGGGAGCCGGCGAAGUACUGGUGGCUCGAGUCCGGAAACUCAAGCUCGUGGUACAUCGGUGAUACGCCGUGUUCGACGUGAAUUUCCGUCAUUGUCUACGGAGACAUCGGUCGAACAAGAAGAAAACGAAAAAGAUCGACAACAGCAACAGCAUAUCUCGGGAGAUGGUACACAGUUUAGAUAUAUUCCGAAUCAGGAUGAUUCCGUUACUAGUGCUAUAGUAUCAGUGCUGUCUAAAGAAAGUAAAGAGGACAUUCGCGAGGACAUCCAGGAUGAUGUCCAGGACGAUAACGAGGGUUCAGUCGUUGUAGAUCGUCUUGAUAUACCAGAAAAAGAUAGUGAAGAUUUGAGUCUUAGGUCUGUUUCCGACGGUGAUAAUUCUGUAUUCAGUGACAAUCCUGAACCUCAAUCGCCGCCUCAGCAAAGACCUAUACAACAGCAAGUUCAACAACAGCAACAUCAGAAUCAGCAACAACAGCAACAGCAUAGACAACAGAGUCAGUCGGGUGAACAAGGGAAAUUAAAUGAUCAAUCUGAAAAUGAUUCGGAAGAGCUCGAUGAUAUAGAGCUGAUAUUUACGACCGAUGAUACCUGUAGGGAUCUAGGCCUUCAAGAAGAUCUCGUUUCCAUCACGGAAACCGAUGCCUGGCAACAACCAAGUCCCGCCGGGCAACCGGUCCUCCUAAAAUAUACCAAAUCCGCUGAUGGAGAAUCUCUUGUUUGCAACGGCGAUAAGACAAGUUCUGUUGAAGAAGCAGUCUCAUCUCAAAGUUCAAGUAUCGAUCGCGAAGAGAGUGUCGAUCGAUUCGACGAGAGUUCCAAUACUAGAUUGAACAAGAUGUGGUCUCAAUGUUCUGUACUCGUAGAAACUGAUAUUAGCAAGUGUGGUGUACUAGAGGAACCUGAACAUUCCACUAGGCAUGCAACUAGGAGGAACACUUUGGCCGCACCACCGACGGCUUACAGGCCAAUAAUACAUCGAGAAGCUUUGGCUGGUAACCGAAGAAAAAGUUCAGCACCUCUUCGUCCUGUAAUGGAUCGGAGUAGUGGUGCCAAACGUGAGUCAGGAGCACAAACCGACAUUUCGGCCCUCCCGGCACAAUGGCGUUCGGAAAGCUAUCUCGCACACAAAGUGGCUCACACGUUUACAACGCUUCCAAGUAAAUUCGCUUUACCGGCUGGUGUACCCGGAAGGCUCAGGUUGUCUGACAAGACACGCGAGGCAAGACGAGUGUUACUCUCGGACAUCAGUUUCACCAGCAUGGUUCCAGAAUUGUCAAGAAGUGCUGAUCAUCUCUGUCACGAUCCGCAUGCACAGACUUGCUUAGGAUCUCGUGGCUGUGGACACCGUACACCGGAAGUAAAUCGUCGGGAAUCCUUAGGAUCACCAGCAGGCUAUUGGCCUCGUUGUAAUCCAGGAACGGCUUUACCAAGUCCUUGCGAUUGUCGUCUGUCGGCCGAUCUUUAUUCCUCGAGAUAUCGAGGUUCCUUGAGCUCGAUACCAUCGCCAGGAUUAGAAGUCGUGAGUGGGCCACCAAGGAGACACUCUUGGAGAGCAACAGCAGCUUCUUUCGACACAUGGAGAGUUCCUGUUGCCACUUCUACACCUAGACCGACCUGGUCCUCUAUGCCAUCUUCUCCCACUCAUGUUCACCCACCUGCUACAUCCUCGAGAUCCUCGAAGAAUAUACCAAAGAGAACACGUUCGAAAGUCACUUUUCAAGAGUGCCCAAUGACGCGUGGCAGUUUACCUAACUUGCGAUCAGACAUAGUAGGAGCCGGUGACAAUAGCGGAGAUUCAACGGAAUCGCUGAUAGACGAGGCGGAGGAUUAUUUGCGUCGCAGUAUCGAUUCGAUGCUGACUAUUUCAAGUACCAGUGCUAGUACGGAUUAUUGGAACAGACAAACAGCGGCCAGACGAAGGAGAACUCGAAGACACUCCGAACCUGAUCUUGCACGCGAGUGGAUUCCCCCUCAGGAUGCGAGACCGUACCUGCCAAAGAUACCAAGAGAUUUGAAGUUAGAUCAUCUUGUAAAAGUAAUCUCACCGGAAGGAAGAGUACUUCAAGGUCGUGUACGAUACGUUGGUCCUGUUCCUGGUCGAGAAGAUUCUCACGUUGGUGUUGAAUUACCGAACGUUAAUGGUUCAUCCGAUGGCACUUUUCAUGGUAGAAGAUUUUUCGAUUGUGAACCUGACCGUGCGAUCUUCGUGCCGUUCAAAAAGGUCGUUUUGGCUUGGUGCACUGCCUGACCCGAUGCAUCCACUUCGAAAGUAACGCCAAGAAUUUUACUCUCACAAUAUACUAUGUAAAUGUGGAUACGGCGG